AUGGGGCAUUGGAUGGAAAACACCGACGAUUAUAAUAUCUUGUUAUUUACUUGGUAUGUUUCUCGAUACAAUAAUAUAAUUCAUGUUCUUACAUUCUCCUUUGAAGCUCUCGCAACCGCUCUUCUUCACUUAUUCUUAUUCAUCUAUAUUUCGGGUAAACCAGCCGAGGGAAAAGAUAGAGUUGCUCCUCAGACGUAUAUCUCUACCGCUUCCAACCUCCUAGCCAAUGCCUUCUCAUUCUUUCUCAAGACGGCAUUAACCACAUCUUUUGUGCAGUAUCUUUGGCGUCUCCUUCGUGUUCAAACCAUGAAAGUUUCCACCAUCGACUCUCUUUUCGGACUCAGGUCUAACAUUUUUCAUAUGUUCAAGGGUGCUACUAUUCGAGCUGCUCCUGUUUUGUGCGUGAUGUCUGCAAUUAUGGCCAGUAUGAUGAUUGCAGUUAGCUUUACUCCUGGUGCUAUCAAUGUUGUUUUAGUACAGAAAACAUCGUAUGAUUCGAUAUUUGUUCCCACAUUCAACGCAUCUUUUAUGGGAAAUGGCUCUGGUGUGGCCGCGAAUCAAUAUUCCCUAGCUACAUUAUCACCGAUAUUUGAAAGUGCAAAUGGAUCUGUAUCUGGAUUUACAGCAAGUUCACAACCAGGGAAAAACUCAAAUAUACUCACUCGUCUCGCACUCCAAACAAUGAUCACAGGACAAACAUCGGAUCAACCCUCACCAUGCGGCGAAAACUGUUCCUUCAUAAUAGAAUUCGAAGGACCAUCCCUCGAAUGCAAUUCAACCAGCACCAACAUCACCACCAGCCACACAGGCACCAACACAACCGAUUUCCCCCUCUUCACCAUCUACACCGGAAACUGGACAUCUGGCCUCCCAUCCAGCACAUCCCCACAAACCAACGCUCUCCCAAACAAAACAUACACAAACGCCCACUGGCAAAGCCGCACCCUCACCCUCCUCAACGCCGAAAUAAUCCUCACAAACUCCACCCUCCACCCCCCAGUCACCGUACUAAACACAUCUUUCACGCAAAACACCCUCUCCUGCAUUCCCAGCCGCGCUUUAUACACCAUAAACAGCACGUACAUUUCCAACAUCCUCACACGCAACAUCACCCGCAAAUUCAUCUCCCCACUAACCAAUCUCGUCUCUACACCCAACCACAGCAUUUCCGUUCCGGGGUUCGCUAACGCGUCGGAAAUAAAUACGAAUGAAGGAUUUGGGACGAACCCUGCGGAAUGGAGCGAGGAGGCUCGUGAUUAUUAUCGUGAUUGGAAUCUCAUGGUUGUUAUUGAGACGAUGGUUUCGUAUCUCGCGGGAGGAUAUACGGCUAUGCCUGCUAUUUGGCCGGUAGAGGUAGAGACAGGUGAGGAGAGCUCGAGGAUAGGGGAUCGGAUUACUAAAGAGGGAUGGGGUGAAAGUUCUGCGUUUGGGAAUGUGGAUGCUGGGGUUCUGGGAGCGCAAAACAACACAAUAAUCGCCCUCACCCUACUCAGCAGCACCUUCACUACUACUACUACUACCUCCCCCUCCACAAACCCAUUCACCAUAAACCUAACCCCCGAAACCCUCAACUCCCUCCUCCAAAACAUAACCCUCAGUACCAUCCAAAUCCAAACCCAAACCCACCUCUCCGCCUUCCCCCCCACGCAACCCCUCACCCGCACCCGCACUCAAACCCAAACCCCCCAACAAAUCUACACCUUCACCUCCUCUCCAUCCCUCCCUCUGCACCUCCUCCUCCCCUACACCCUCUCUCUCCUCCUCACUCUCCCCCUCCUCCUCCUCGGUCUCUGGUCCUUAACCCAAAACGGCAUAUCCCUCCCCACCAACCCAUCUUUCACAUUAGGAUUAUGCACUACCUCAUUUAUAUCCUCCUCUUUUCCCACCUCAUCAUCAUCAUCAUUCCCCACUUUUCCCUCCUCCUCAUUUUCCUCUUCCCACACAAUGGCGACACCCACACAACUCCUCACACUCUCGCGCGCUGCCUGUCUAGGGAAUACAGCAUCGCUUUCGAAACCAUUGCGGGAAUUACGAAUUCGGUAUGGAGAGUUGAGGUCCGGGUUGGAGAGUAGUGAUGGAGGGAAUAAUAAUAAUGGGAUUAAUAUCCGGAGAGCGGGUUUUGGACUUGAGAGUGAGGUUGUACCGUUGGUGAAGGGGGAGAAAUAUGGUGUUGUUUUAUGA